UUUAGCCAUUUGUAUGCCACAGAACAUAUAAUUCACGCUUCUGUUUGGGUAAAAAAGACAGUAUACAGUGGGUUAAUUACUUUUCAGUCAGGUAAAAUAGCAAUAUUUGAGGGUGCCUGAAUUGUUUGCUGCCUUCCUCUGGAUCAACUGGCAGUUAGGCAGGUUAAAAAGGUUGAACUUGAUGGACGUGUCUUUUUCAACCUAAUUUUACUAUGUUACUAUAUGCCACUAAAUGAUUAGAGCCUACAGAUUUGUGUAAUGCUUAACAUAAUGGAGUUACUGGGUAAAGGGAGCUAUUUUGAUGUGUUGCGCUGCAUAAGAACAACAAUUGGUUCCCAUGAGUGGCCAUAGCACAAGGAAACAAUGGAUGAAGUGUCCUUUGCUUCCUGUGGGACUGGAAAGGCUGUACUAGAAUGUACAGGAAACAAGGCAUCAUCUUAAUUCUUGGCUUUGCAACUGUUUGUUGUUUUUGGUAGGCAGUAUCCUCAAUAUUCUGUAGUUUUCCCUGUUUACUUGAGCAAAAAAAAACUAGGCUUUUGAGGACAUCGUGGGAUAACUUGUAUACUGAAGGCUUUCUCUCCAGAAUACAAAUUUAAAGGUGACAUGGCAAUUAGCAUACAUUUUUCAUGUGGUGCUCAAGCAGUGGUACUGCACCAGCACACUUCCAUGUAAGUAACAACACCAGCCUGGGGUGGAAGGUAAGCUUUGUAUUCAUGGAGGUGCUGGACACUUUGGCACCCCCCAUGUGGUUGAUAGAGUCCAAACUGCCCUAGAAACCAGAUUUAUUUGAAUAAAGGUGUCGAUAUUGGUCCUUUAGACAGAUUUGGCAUCUUAUCUGCCGAUGUAAGGAGCGUUCCGACUGGCCUCCCCUUAUUUUUCUUGCGGUUGAGGACCGCUCCUGCUAGUUGAUGCAGUCCUAGUUCUGUCUGUGCCUAUUCCCUUUAUUGUAAUCCAAUCGUUUGGCCCUAGGGAAAGAUUAGGACUAAGGUAGCAAUAAUAAUGUGUUGCCUUACAACAGCAUUUGUAUCUUUAAAUGGGAUCAAUGACCCCCAUUUGAAAGCUUCAAAGGCAGAAGGGAAAUAAUUCAAAAACUAUAUAAAAAAAAGCCAGUUGAAAAGUUGCCAUUCUAGAACAUACUACUGUAAGUUAACUUAAAGGUGCACUGUCCCUUUAACCUUUAGAAGAAUGAAAAUACCUAUUUCUUAUCAGAAUGUGACUUUGCGUAGUUUUCAAGGUUUUUCAACCUAUACUAAACUCAUUUAUAAAAAGCACAAAUGCCUCCUUUAAAAAAAUAAAAGCUGAAAUGAAAAAACACGGAAUGAAUACGAAAGUGACAGAAAACCUUGAAAUCCUUGUUUUCAUAAAAAACUUUGAGAUUAUAAGAUUAAAAAAUCAUUAGAACCUUAAAGUAAAUACAGAUGUUACAAUUUGAUAAAGAUAAUUCCCUUUGACUUCUUUCUACAUGACCUCACCAGCUUUUAGAUGGAAAAGCUUUGUAGUGAGUUUUUCAUGCUUUUUGCCCUUAAAUACUAAAAUUAUAAUUCUAAUACACAAUUUAGUGCCAAAAAGUUGGUUUUUGGAAAUGGGGAUAUAAAUGAAGUUGAAUAAAUCUGCCCCUAAAUUUCCCCAGUUUUGUACAGUUGCUGCCUUGUAUUAUUGAGGUCCUAAAUUCCAUUCCAGCCUGGGUACUAUUUGCACAUUGUUCUUCCCAAUCUGUGUGGGUUUUCUCUGGAAAAACACUGGUUUCUUCCUACACUCCAAAAAAAAAUAUACAGACAGGUUAAUUGAUUCCUGAUGGACUGGACUCCUGUGUGUGAAUAGGAUAGGGUCUUUAGAUUGUAAGCUCCACUGGGGCAGGGACAGAUGUGGUUGAUCUCUUUGGCUGAAUAUGCUAGCAGUAUAACCGUAAUAAAGCUGUCACAUGAUCUAAUGGAAUGCACCACUGUAACUGUUUUUUUUGUGGUUACACCUACACUACAGCAGUCCAUACCGGGGCAAAUUGUUCAGCCUGGAAUGACUGUGGAAAUGGAAUGCCAAAAUCUGUGCUGAAUACAUUUACACUGAGGCGUUUCCAAGUUUCCUGUACAGCCAGAUUCUUCGAGUAGUGAAAGGGUUAGAGAGAGGGUGGAGAUCGGACCUUUGGGACUGCAAAUUGAUUCCUGCAAUUUUAAUAGUCCCACCUCCCCGUGGCCCUACCCCUGGAAAGAGAGGGGGUGUCUUCAUUUGAAGUGUGUAAUAUUUUUAUCAGUUGCUUUGUCACUGACAGAUGUUAAAAGCACUGCCUGGGAUGGUGAAUUACUUGUGGGAUGUUUAGUAUGUCACCCUCGUUAUCCUGAAUGGGUCUUUCCUGACUGACGGUUACAUCCAGCACUCUGCACUGGGGUCUAUGGUGGGCUUUGGCACAUCAACAUAUUUACCUGCAAAACUGGAUUUCAUUAAGGAACCAAACUACUUUACAUGCAUCGCAGUGAAUUCUGUUUUAUACUACUACAGCAAAUAGUGGAUUGUGUUAAACCCUUUGCAUCUUGGGAGUGUUGUCUAUUGACUUGAAGGUGGUUUGUUCUAUGGUUGGAACUCCUUAAAGGGCAAAUAUCCCCUCAAUUUAUCCAACCAAAUUCAGGAGGUGGAUUUAUAUGUAUAUGAGCAAUGUCCAUAGUAAAGCACUUGCACUGAUCCAUCCCCAAGCUGGUCUUUAUGCCUUUUCACAAGAGGACACUUAGACCCCAGUCUUCCUGGGGAAGAAGAGAUCACAGUUCAUGGUGUGUUGGCACAUCCCAAUGCUUAACUUCUCAGAAUGAAGGAGCUUGGGGAUAUCAUGGAGACAAACAGAGGACUGACCAUGAGAGUCAAGAAACUCUUCCAGAACAGAUUGGGGCUAUCCAUGCGCAACCUGGUUGUGUUAUUCCCUAUCCAAAAACAGAGACAGGCACCCAAGGUCAGAUUAAAACAUCUGAACUAAGUAAACCCAGAGAUGCUUCAUCUGUACAGGUCCAGAAUUUUACAGAUGCUUGCCUGCGCUGCUUAGUAACCCUUCUCCUCCAGCUUUCUGAUCUAUGCCGUCUCUCACUGUCACUCUAUGAUGAGCUGGAAGAGGAGCUACUUGUUCUGCACAGACGUACCGCAACACUCCAGCACCGAACUGCAGCCACCUACAUGACUAUCUGUAAGGCCCGCCAACGAGGACUGACAACCCAGCAUGGCAACAUUGUUCUAGCUGCUUCUGCUGUGGACCAGUCGAAGCUGGGAAACUGGCAACAACAGCCAGUAAAUGUUUUUCUGUCCACUAAACGGCCACCUUGCGUGGAAGAGCUUCAUCAGGAGGCUGAACUGAACCUGCAGAGCCUUCUUCAGGGUGAUUGCUUUACAGAAGAAUUUGAAGAUCGCUAUCUAGACACUAAAGUCACAGGACAAACAUUCCGUUAUUCUGCCCUAUCGCAGUCUGCAACACUUCCUCCAGAGACUCCCACCAGGAAUACCCCCAAGCGCCUUGAGUUUGUAUACCUGCCGACCAACAGAAGAGUUAGUGAAGAAGAAACCUCCACUGCAGGUGUUAGGCCACGAGAAACAUGUCUAAGUUUACCCACAACGCCAGACAAGCAAGUGGCCUGGAUUAAAGCUUUCCCUUUCCCUAUCCCAGAGGAGAGGAGAUGGCAUCAAUCUAACUCCAUCCAGGCAAACAUUGUACCCAUUAAUGUGUCAGGUGAACUCUUUGAUAAACAUGCAAACUCCCGGCAUUCCUUGUUCAAUACAGAGACCGCAGUAAAUCCGAAGACUACUCUGAGACGCAGACGGACUGUGAUUGGAUUCUCCCACCAUCAGUCACAGGAUCACGUAGACAAAACUUCAUCGGUAGAAGCAACCCCCAAGCCGAGCACAUCAGGCAAUGUCAACGGUGUAACGUCUAUUAAACCCCCACCAGAUAGAGCCGAGUCCCCACCUUCUAAGCCCGAAGCAUUUCAUGGGAGACAUCCUGGAGGAAGGGCAGCUACUCCCCAUCCACAGCAGCUUCCUUUAAGAAAGACGUUCAGUGACCUUGGGCAUAUUUUGCAGUCUCCAAGCAACAUGGACAAUGCAGGUGUUAUGUACGCUAAUCCUCCAUGCAAUGGAGCAAAAGACUCUUCUACGUCUUCAAACUGGCAGGAAAGCACAUUUAACUACAUGACACCAUCUAGCCCAGUCAAAAGCCAGCACAGUAGUGAUACAACAAAAUCUUCCACCUUAUCAAUGGCUUCUCCUGGAAUGUCUAAAGGUGGAGGAUCAUAUAAGCACAGGAAAGAGAACAUAUUAAGAAAUAACAGUGGUAAUAUGUGUUCUAGUGCGACUCUUCGAGCCCAUACAGGCAAUCACACAAAAACAGAAGAGUUGAAAGGCGUCUUUCACACUGGCCAAACAGGGGCAGUCAACUCGUCAACCUUGCCUACAUCAUCUACUGAGUGCACCUUCCGCGAGAGGUCACUAUCAAUGCCUACAGACUCAGGUUCACUAUCCUCUGUGGAUAUUGUAUAUACAGAGAACAGGAGAGGAAGUGGGGACUAUGCCCUAAAUUACCCUAGUGCUAGCUCUGAAGAGAGCACCAGUACUGAGAAUGUAUCUGUUUCAGCAGAGCAAGACAACCAGGAAAGGAGGAGAUCUCGAAGCAUCUCUUUGAGAAAGCCAAAAAAGAAGCCAUCACCUCCUGCUCGCAGUGUUUCAUUGAUUAAAGAUGCAAGUGGCCAGAAAUUACAACCAGUAGUCACCAUGCCAAAAGACCAAAGGCCUAAAAGUCUCUGUAUUGCCUUUGAUAGCCAAGGACAUAGUUAUAUUCAAACAUCCAUGCAGGGUAAUGCAACAAUGCCAACAUCAAAAACCUUGCACAGCUGGAACCUUAGCGACUGCAAAUCGAAUGACUUGUAUAGGUCGCUCUCUGGCUCUAGCACAAUGACAGGUACCACAGUCAUAAAGACACCAGGAAGUUCAGAGUCAUUAAGUUCUCCUUCUAAUUCUAGGGCUACUACCCCCUUCCAGGUUUUUACAGAGACAGACUCAAAAAUGUCCCCUGGAAGACCUCCUGGUCUAAUGUCACCAUCAAGUGGUUACUCUAGUCAAUCAGAGACCCCAACUGCAGUGCCAACAUCAUUGAUUCUUGGCCACUCUCCUUACCAAAGCAAUAAGGUGAGACCACUUGUUCCUGAGAGAAAGUCUUCGUUGCCAGCUGUUCCACCACUUGACAGAAGCCCAAAAGUCCAACAGUCUUUUGAUUUACCAAUGACUCCAUCAACACAUACCCAUAUGGACCUAACUACACUGCGAAGGCCUUCAAAGGGCAAAAUAAGGGCCAACAGAAAUUCUUCUGAAUCAACCUUCGGUACUAUACUUAACCAGAAGACUAGUCCAGUGCAACCCAUAAUGCCUAUGGUCACUCAGUCAGACCUGAGAUCCAUACGUUUACGAUCCGUCAGUAAAUCAGAGGCAGAAGACAGUUUUGAUGGCAUAGAUCAUAUUGAUGAACUCGCUGAUGAAGCAUUCCCAUUGCCUGAAAAGAAAAUAAAGCCUCCAGUAGCAGAUAAACCCCCAAUGUCCAGAAGACCAAUAAACCUUUCUUACAGAAACUCUGCAAUUACACCAGAGUCUCCCAUUCAAUCUCCCAGUACUCCUGGAACACCUGCCAGAGAUCAAGUAUCGCCACAGGAUGCCUACCUGGUGAUGGGGACUAUUAGAUACAGGAAAAUAAAUGAUACAGAAGCUCGUGUAGAGACUCCCCCUUCCUUAGACCCUUCACCCACUUUGGAUGGUUGCUUUCCUGCAGCCCAUUCAGUAGUAAGAAGUUUCUCACAGAGCAGCAUUGAAGAAGAAGAGCUCUACAAAGGCAAACAACUGCCUGAACGAAUAACUCUACAAAGCUUGAAUUACAUGGAUUCAAAGAGAGUCAAGGUUCCACCACCUAUUCCCAAAAAGCCCAGUGUUUUACAUCUUCCAGUUUCCAGUCCACCUCCUCCUAACCAAGUGGCAUGCUCACCAUCCGAGCAACGCACGUCACCUAUCAUCACACUGGAUGCCGGCACAGGCUCUUUUCCUGACAUUAUUGAGUUCCAAAAAUAUCAUGGAGUUAUCUCUGCUGCUCAGCCAGAUGUAAUAACUAUUGAUCCUCUCUCAGGAGGUUUUACAGAUGUAUCCGACGAGUGCAAAAGUGUAUCAAACAAGACAGCAGAAUCAAUUACAGAGGACGAUGAUGAAGUUUUCGUCAGUUCACGCACAACCGAAGACUUAUUUACUGUCAUACACAGGUCAAAAAGGAAGUUAUUGGGAUGGAAAGAUUCUGGAGACUCUUUUGGAAGCAGGCAAAGCUCAGUAUCACCGGUAAAGAAUUCAGGCAGCUCAACAAGUAGUGACUAUUCCACUGGGACAUUGAGCAGCUCACGGUCAUCCAGCAAAAAUGAAGACUUUAAGGCCCUUCUCCAGAGAAAAGGCAGCAAAAGCAACAUUGGCUCUCGCCCUUCAGCUGCCGAGCUUCUCAAGACCACCAAUCCGUUGGCACGGAGGGUAAUGAAUGAGUUUGCUCCAGAGAUCGAGAAAAGUGGCAGCACUAAAACGUUACCAUGAAAUGUACAAAACAAGCCAUCCUUGGGCAAAAUGAAAUCGAUAACGUAUGGACUAUACAGAAUGAACACUUAUGAAACCACAAUUCCUGCGCAUCCUCUAAUGGGGGGACAAUGUUCUACUGAGUAACUUCAUGCGAAAAUGUUCUUGAGUGAAAUUGCAGAACUAUACUUUUCUCUUUUGGCAGAUACCUGAUUAAAAAAAAGGCUUUUUAAUUAGCAGGUAGUGCUGAAUCUCCCUUCCUAAGAUGACAUUAGCUGAAUGGACCUUCCAUGAGGUCAUCUUGUGCCAAGCUUAUGGACUGAUAUACAAUACUGUAAGUGUAUGUAUUAAUAUUGUGGCAUCCAUCACCAUCUCUUUACUGGAAUGUACAGGGACAUCUGCAUGAAAUCCAAAACAUUUCUAUAACGAUA